AUGGCUACUACUACUGAAAUGAUGGAGGUGGAUGCCAAACCAAAGAAUACCAAGUUGCCCAUCGUUGUCCAAAAAGAGAAUCCGUACACAUUCGAUCUCGGCCACCUUCUCGCCCAAGACCCCAAUCCCCUCGUGAUCCCUAAGUCGGAUAAUGUCAAUGAUAGCUUGAAAACUGUGGCUAGAGAUGGUGCUCAAGUGCUGCUCAACCAACUCCUGACCACCUGCCCCGUAACAUCAAACGCUAAGGAUGGCGUUCUAUUAACUCUUCCUCCUCCUAACACACUACUUCCGCGAUUCAAACCUCUGCCCAAGCCCAAAGAACCCACCAGAUGGGAACUCUUCGCCCGCAAGAAAGGAAUUGGCAAAUACAGCAGCAAACCUGGUGCCGCCUUCGCCGAAAAGGAGCGACGCAAGAAACUCGUCUAUGACGAAGCGAGCGGUGAAUGGGUUCCUCGAUGGGGUUUCAAAGGCGCAAACAAGUCUGGUGAAAAUGAUUGGGCUGUUGAGGUACCAGAUAAGGAUUGGAAGCAGGAGGCUGAAGGUAAGAUGAAUGUGCGUACUGCGGGUAGAGCGGAGAGGAAGGAGAGGAUUAAGAGGAAUGAGAGGAAGAUGAGGGCGAAUGAGCGGAGGAGUCGGAAGUUUGGCGCUUGA